AGAUGUGUACCCCAUCAUUUAGUUGAAUUUAGACCUUUCAGAUGUGUACCCCAUCAUUUAGUUGAAUUUAGACCUUACAGAUGUGUUCCCCAUCAUUUAGUUGAAUUUAGACCUUAAAGAUGUGUACCCCAUCAUUUAGUUGAAUUUAGACCUUAAAGAUGUGUACCUCGUCCUUUAGAACUUAGUGCUUUGGUAAAUAUUGUAAUUCCUUAGUCUUAUGCACAAUUCCACUACCUGAAGUGGCGUUUUAUUUACCUUUAAUGAGCAGAGGUGGUUCGGGUGUCUUUUGUAACCAUUAUGAUAUUUCCAAUGGUCAUACGCUUUCCCAGGGUUCAACAUUUCUUAGGAUUCUACAUUUUCCAGGGCUCUACAUUUCUCAGUGUUCUACAUUUUCCCAGAUUCUACAUUUCCCAGGGUUCUACAUUUCCAAGGGUUCUACAUUUUCCAAGGUUCUACAUUUCUCAGGGUUUUACAUUUCCCAUGGUUCCACUUUCUACAUUUCCCAUGGUUCCACUUUCUACAUUUCCCAGGGUUCUACAUUUCCCAUGGUUCCACUUUCUACAUUUCUCAGGGUUUUACAUUUCCAAGGGUUCUACAUUUCUCAGGGUUUUACAUUUCCCA